GGGGGACGUGGUCGGGCGUCUCCGCCAUUUUGUGAGUCUAUAACUCGGAGCCGUUGGGUCGGUUCCUGCUAUUCCGGCGCCUCCACUCCGUCCCCCGCGGGUCUCCUCUGUGUGCAAUGGACGGCAUUGUCCCAGAUAUAACAGUCGGGACCAAGCGGGGAUCUGACGAGCUCUUCUCCACCUGCGCCAGUAACGGGCCGUUCACCAUGAGCGGCAGCUCGGCCUCCGCAGCCAAUGGGAACGACAGCAAGAAGUUCAAGGGGGACAACCGGAGCGCCGGGGUGCCCUCGCGGGUCAUCCACAUCCGCAAGCUGCCCAGCGACGUCACGGAGGGCGAGGUCAUCUCCCUGGGGCUGCCCUUCGGGAAGGUCACCAACCUCCUGAUGCUCAAGGGCAAGAACCAGGCCUUCAUCGAGAUGAACACGGAGGAGGCGGCCAACACCAUGGUGAACUACUACACGUCGGUGACGCCCGUGCUGCGGGGCCAGCCCAUCUACAUCCAGUUCUCCAACCACAAGGAGCUCAAGACCGACAGCUCCCCCAACCAGGCGCGGGCCCAGGCCGCCCUGCAGGCCGUGAACUCGGUCCAGUCGGGCAACCUGGCCCUGGCCGCCUCGGCCGCGGCCGUGGACGCGGGCAUGGCCAUGGCCGGCCAGAGCCCAGUGCUGCGCAUCAUCGUGGAGAACCUCUUCUACCCAGUGACCCUGGACGUGCUGCACCAGAUCUUCUCUAAGUUCGGCACCGUCCUGAAGAUCAUCACCUUCACCAAGAACAACCAGUUCCAGGCGCUCCUGCAGUACGCGGACCCCGUGAGCGCCCAGCACGCCAAGCUGUCGCUGGACGGCCAGAACAUCUACAACGCCUGCUGCACGCUGCGCAUCGACGUGUCCAAGCUGACCAGCCUCAACGUCAAGUACAACAACGACAAGAGCCGGGACUACACGCGGCCCGACCUGCCCUCCGGGGACACGCAGCCCUCGCUGGACCACACCGUGGCCGCCGCCUUCGGUGCGCCGGGCAUAAUGUCCGCCUCUCCGUAUGCAGGAGCUGGUUUCCCUCCCACCUUUGCCAUCCCUCAAGCCGCAGGUCUCUCUGUUCCGAACGUGCACGGGGCCCUGGCCCCUCUGGCCAUUCCCUCGGCGGCGGCGGCCGCAGCGGCAGCGGGCAGGAUCGCCAUCCCGGGCCUGGCCGGGGCAGGGAACUCCGUCCUGCUGGUCAGCAACCUGAACCCCGAGAGAGUCACACCCCAAAGCCUCUUUAUUCUUUUCGGCGUCUACGGAGAUGUGCAGAGGGUGAAGGUGCUGUUCAACAAGAAGGAGAACGCGCUGGUACAGAUGGCCGAUGGCAGCCAGGCCCAGCUGGCCAUGAGCCACCUGAACGGGCACAAGGUGCACGGGAAGCCCGUGCGCAUCACCCUGUCCAAGCACCAGAACGUGCAGCUGCCCCGCGAGGGCCAGGAGGACCAGGGCCUGACCAAGGACUACGGCAACUCGCCGCUGCACCGCUUCAAGAAGCCCGGCUCCAAGAACUUCCAGAACAUCUUCCCGCCCUCGGCCACGCUGCACCUCUCCAACAUUCCGCCCUCCGUGUCUGAGGAGGACCUGAAGCAUCUCUUCUCCAGCAACGGUGGCAUGGUCAAGGGCUUCAAGUUCUUCCAGAAGGACCGCAAGAUGGCGCUGAUCCAGAUGGGCUCCGUGGAGGAGGCGAUCCAGGCCCUCAUGGACCUGCACAACCACGACCUGGGCGAGAACCACCACCUGCGGGUGUCCUUCUCCAAGUCCACCAUCUAAGCGGCCGCCGCCCCCGCAUUCCAGAAAAGCCACUUUAAAAAAGCAGCUGAAGUGACCUUAAAAAGACCAGAGAUUUUAUUUUUUUAAAGAGAAAUCAGUUUACCUGUUUUUGAAAAAAUUAAAUCUAAUUUGCCUUGCUCACCCGGGGCGGGGGAAGCGGGUGCUGGCAGCGGACAGCUCACCCCGCACCCCUGGCCCGCCCCCUCGCCCGGUGCCUUCUGGAGCCUGGGGGGUGGGUGUCCCCCCAACCCCACUCGGCUUCCUCGUGCCUUAAAACCCGCUGCUGUGGCAGGUCCCUCCUGCGGUAGCUCAGGGGGCGGGGGGCUGCCGAGGGGGGGGCAGCGCCCCCCGCCCGGGAUCACGUGCCUGGCCAGGCCAGCCGGGGAGGCCGACACCCCUAUCCGUUAAUCAAGUGUCUGAUUGUCCCCUCCCCUCCCGGGGAGCCCCGGGCACACCCCCUUCUCCAGCUUGGUUCUCACAGUAGUCUCUGCUGGCUGCGCCUCACCUGUGCCUGACCCCCCUCAUUUAUAUGCAAAAGAAUCAUUUAAGGAACUUUUGUAGCGUUGCCGAGAGGUGCCUCUGCUCCUGGCCUCUGUACUGUCCACUCUGAGGACGCCGGGCCUGUGCCCGGCCAUGCUUUCAGCCUCAGGGGAUCUUUCCUGCAAAUUUUGGACCAAAGUUUUGUUGGGGUUCUUUUUCCUUUUUUCCUUUUUCUCUUCUUUUUUAAGAAAAAAAAUUUGUCUGCCUCUAGUGCUGGGGGGCCCCUUCUGGGGAAGGUGGGACCAAGGGCCCAAGUCUUAAUGUCUCCCGCCCCCCGAAAACCAUGUGAUUUCCUGUGCUGUGGGGGGCCCACGAGACGCUUCUUCCCGUGCUGACCGGCCCCCUCCCCCGGGGCCCGGGCCCCCCGAACUGUUCCAUAUCGCGGGGCCCUAACAAGGGUGUAAAUAUUUAUAAUUUUUUAUACCUGUUGUAAGACGAAGGGGCAGCAAACUCGGUUUUUUACGGUGACACAGAUGUAUAUUUUGAUACCAGCGAUUACAGGCUCAGUAUUGUAUGCGGAGCUCGCGAGCGUGUGCGGGGCCUCGGCGCCCGCCGACAGCUUGUAAUGCGGAGAGAACCGAAUUAAAAGCGAUUUUAUAACAACCGCCUCCCUGCAGGCUCUUUCUUCUGCCCAGUGUAGCCGGCGCGCGGCCUGGCUGGUCUGUACUCGACUUUGAAUAAACUUCUGUCCUGCACCACC